AUGCCCGGUGGCUUAGAAGGCCGAUACAUCAGACUUGAAGUUAUCAGCGGAACAAAUCUUAAAGUUCCCUCCUUCCACAUUCCCGCAGGUAUCUAUGUGUCCGUCAAUCUCGGCUCCAGCAGAUGCUGGAAAUCAGCCAUCGGUAUUUUAUCAUCCGACGAAUCUAUAGCGUGGCGCGAUACUGUGACCUUAUCGUUAGACGCGUCGUCUACAUUAUCGGUGGAGAUCAGGGCCUCCUUCGAGCUCGAUCAGAUGCUGGGCAAUGGGGAAGUUGUUGGAAAACUUGAAAUGUCAUGGGAUGCACUGCUCGAUCAUGGAAAUGAGCCUUUCGACAUCUCCUUCCCGUCCGUUCGUGGUGUUCAUCCUUCCCUCACACUAAAGGCUACGGUUCUACAUAAUUGCGACAAUCAGGACAACGCCCUGUUUGACUCCAUUAUUGAAUGUGACAUUGCUCGAGACACGGAUGCAGGCCAUGAACGAUUUGCCACAUACGUGACAAGCAAGACGGUCUCUCACCUGAACGAUGCUGUAAAGCAUUUUCAGUUUGUCCUGGACCAAUGUCCGGUCGGGCAUCCUCAUCGGGCAGCGGCUCUCACCAACCUCGCGUGGGCUUGCCUUCAAGGCUACAUUCGAAAGGACUUUCAAGACAUCGACUUUAUCAUUUCUCUCUUCCGCGAAGCCCUUGCGUUGCGUCCGCAGGGCCAUCCUGAUCAUCCAUCAUCCAUCUAUCACCUCCUUAAAGCGUUGAUCUGGCACUACAGCAAGGAGCCCGCCGCCUCCUAUAUCCGGGAAUGCGCGCAACUGUCCUGCAAGCUAUUGCCGCUCUGUCCAGGGGGCACCUACCUGUGUAGCAUCGCGGCAGGGGGAAAUGGCGCCGAUUAUGUGAUCCGCGAAUGCAACGAUCUUCCAAUAGAUGUAUCCGAUGAAGGCAUCCACCUUCGACGAGUCAUACUCGAGCUUUGUCCUCUGGGCAGCGCACACCGUCCAAAUGCACUCUACAAGCUUUCAUGGACUCUCAGCACACAUUUUGAACAACGCGGUACCAUUGAUGAUCUGGCAGAGAGCACACAACAUGGUCGCGAAGCCGUUUCCCUGUGCCCCGAGGGACAUUCUGAACGCCACAUCUACCUGAUUAACUUGGCCCACUCACUCCAUCAUCUUUUCAAACACCAAGGCAUCUCAGAUGACCUCAAUGAGGCCGUAUCUUUGUAUGAGGAAGCGCUGCGCCUGCGCCCUGUUGGACACAAAUCUCGUGAUUUCUCAUUAAACAACCUAGGAUCUGCCCUCUACACCCGUUUCAACCAACAUGGUGAUGUUAACGACGUCAUCAGAUCCAUCAGCCUCCGGCGCGAGGCACUGACGUUGCGCCCGCCUGGGAAUCCAUAUCGUGUUAGCACGCUUAACAACCUUGCCCUCGCGCUCAAAACCAGAUAUGUCAAAUUGGAUGCCAGCGAGGAUCUCGACGAGGCCAUCAACCUCUACCGGGAUUCACUUCAGUUAAGGCCGCAUGGCCAUCCACGUCGCCAUACAGGUCUUUUCAAUCUGAGCUCAGCGCUCUGUUCUCGUUUCAUGCAAGCUCGGAAGAAUGAAGAUAUCGAGGAGGCCAUUCGACUCUGCCAAGAGUCGUUGGAGGCUUUGCCCUCACUACACCCGGAUAGAUAUUUCGGCUACGUGUGGCUGAAGAAUGCCUAUGUGUCUCGUUACCGAGUGCAACACAACCUCGCUGAUUUGUCGCUCGCUGUAGAGAACUCCAGACUGGCAUCGAGACACUCUACUCAAGGCUUUCCGUAUCGAGUUGAAACAGCUUUGCACUGGGUUCACACGGCUGAAAAUUAUCAGCACGAGUCUGCCCUCGAAGCAUACCAAACAUGCUUGGAGCUUUUCGACAAUCAUGUCAUGACGCGGUCGUCGGUUAUCUCACGGCGUGAGGCUGCAAUCGCUUUCCGCAGCGCCCAGUCACUGCCGGUAGAUGCAGCUUCGCAUGCCAUCCGUCAUAAUUCUCUGCAACGAGCAGUUGAACUUGUGGAGCAGGGUCGUGGCCAACAGUUGUCGCUGGCCUCUCGACUCAGGACUUCGCUGGAGGACCUGAAGCUUGCAAGUCCAGAUUUAGCUCACAGGCUCUCUGAGCUCAACAAGCGCCUGUCUGAUACUCAGGGUUCUGUCGGCAGCGCGGACCGAGCUGUUGCUAAUCGAGCAACAAUACAUUACAGGGGACUUCAGGAGCAAUGGGGAGCAGUGGUAGCUGAGAUACGUAAUCUUAAAGGUUUCUCGCGGCUCCUACUCCCGCCUUUGUAUGAAGACCUGCAAGCAGCAGCACGCCAUGGCCCAGUCAUUAUUCUCAUUGCGAGUCAAUACUCGUGCAGCGCCAUCGUUGUCCCGACGUCAGGAGAGCCGCACCACGUUCGAUUCUCGCGUAUCACUCUCACACAUUUGGAGACGCUCAAGGACGAUUUCACUACGGCAAUACGGCACGCGGCUCGUAUGCGCCCAGAAGUGCCGAGGAAGAAGUUGCGAGCACUCUUGCGGAUAAUAUGGGACGAGAUCAUGCUACCCAUAGUUAACGUCCUCCAAAAUGACCUAGAAUUGCAGCCUCAGUCUCGAAUAUGGCUGUGUCCGACGGCAGCCUUCACAUCCAUCCCUCUCCAUGCAGCUAACCCCUUUCGAAUGACAACAGAUCGCUCUGGGGGAGAGCCAUGCCUGGAGGAUCUCUACAUCUGCUCUUACACGCCCACACUUUCAGCUCUCAUUAGAGCUCGGCAGAUGAUGAAGAUGCAUGCGACUCCCUCCUUCGCGGCGAUCGGACAAAGUCAACCCGGCGCAGGGCAAGGCGGAGUGCUCCCCGCUGUCAAUGGAGAGCUGAAGCUUGUCCAUAAACUUGUUCCCCCCAGUGUCAAGUUCACCAAUGUCUCUGGCGAUGAAGCUACACAGCCAGGUGCACUUGAAGCUUUGCGACGUAACACCUGGGUGCACCUCGCUUGCCAUGGCACGCAAGACCGGGAGCAACCUUAUAAUUCAUGUUUCGCCAUGAGAGACAAGCCCCUCACGCUGCUUGAAAUCAUAGAGAACAAUUCUCCACAGGCUGAAUUCGCUUUCUUAUCAGCAUGUCAUACCGCUGUCGGUGACGAGGAGACACCCGACGAGAUCAUUCACCUCGCAGCUGGUUUACAAUUUUCGGGGUUCAAAAGCGUUAUUGGCACGCUGUGGGGGGUUACUGACGCUAUCGUAAAAUACAUUGUGGAAGCUUUCUACGAGAAGAUGUUCGAAGAUUUGGAGGAUGGUGGUAUGAUGGACUGUACGAAGGCAGCCUGGGCACUCAAUCAUGCUACACACGCCGUGAUGACGAAAGUGCCGCUCGAUCAGAGGAUGGUUUUCAUACAUAUUGUAAUGUUAUCUGUCCUGGAGUCUUUGGCAAAGUCAUUCGUUGCUCGAUGA